AUGUCGACUAUUACGCGUACUCUGCGCAACCUCCGCCGGGUCGGCGUGAAGGAUUAUUUCCAUCAGAUGCUGUACAUCGGUGAUACCAAGGCCGGUACUCUGAUCGGAACCGACCGUUUCGGCAACAAGUACUACGAGAACAUGACCGAGGAGCUGCCCCUCCGAACACGAUGGGUUGACUACAAGGAGCAUGAAUACAUGCCCUGCCAGAUUGAGCCUGGCUGGCACGCCUGGAUCUCUUACAUGGUGGACGCUCCCCCAACCGCCGACAAGAUCCUCCAGUCGGGCCACCGCACCUGGGAGAUCCCCGAGCACCGUCCCAACCUCACUCUCAGCCGCGCUGCUUUCAAGACCUACUCUACCACCCGCCCCAAGUACUCCGCUUGGACUCCUGUCGCUGCCCCGCGGUAA